AUGGUUUCAAAUGAGAAUGGACAUCUUGUACCUAUUAGGGUUCCUGGUGGGAGUCACAUUUUAAUAUCUAAGUAUUUCAGAUUCAAACCAACCGAUGAGGAACUGGUUUCACUAUUUCUCCUUCGCAAAUUCCGCUCACUUCCGUUGAUGGUAGAUGUGAUUGCUGAGGUUGAUGUCUACAAGUUCAAUCCAUGGGAACUUCCUGGAUUGUCUAUAUAUGGUGAAAAAGAAUGGUAUUUCUUCACCCGUAGGGAAAGAAAGUAUCCUAAUAGUUCAUGUGAUAUUCCCAACCGAGCUGCUGGAAUAGGUAUUUGGAAGGCAAAUGCAGUCGACAAGAAAAUUGGUCAUCCUAAGGUUCUUGGCAUCAGAAAGACUAUGACAUUUUUCACUGGAAAAAAUUGCAAGACUGACAAGACCAACUGGUUGAUGAAGGAAUAUCGUCUCCACGACGAUUAUUCUUUCGGCAAAUUUAAUCCAUGGGUGCUAGUUCGCAUAUAUAACAAGAAAGGAACGAAAGUGCCCUAUCACCCGCCCCAACAGACAAAUCUGCAAGAAGAAACAACUGUCAUCUCUAGUCCCACGACAACUAUCGUACCACCGACGACAUCCUUUAAUGAUCAUACGAUGCAUGUCAUCUUCCCUGACAGUUUUAUUAAUGAAAUGUUGCAACCUUUGACACAAGAGGACAUUGAUGAAUUGUUUCCCAUCACUUUGGGACAGGAUCACUUUGGGAGUGGAGAACAUUGA